CCGAUGGACUACUCCUACCUCAAUUCGUACGAUUCGUGCGUGGCGGCCAUGGAGGCGUCCGCCUACAGUGACUUCGGCGCCUGCAGCCAGCCUGGAGGCUUCCAAUACAGUCCCCUGCGGCCUGCCUUCCCCGCCGCGGGGCCACCUUGCCCCGCUCUCGGCUCCUCCAACUGUGCGCUUGGCGCCCUACGCGACCACCAGCCCGCACCCUACUCGGCAGUUCCCUACAAGUUCUUCCCGGAGCCGUCCGGCCUGCACGAGAAGCGCAAGCAGCGGCGCAUCCGCACAACGUUCACGAGUGCUCAGCUCAAGGAGCUGGAGCGCGUCUUCGCCGAGACCCACUACCCGGACAUUUACACUCGAGAGGAACUGGCGCUCAAGAUCGACCUCACUGAGGCUCGCGUGCAGGUCUGGUUCCAGAACCGCCGGGCCAAGUUCCGCAAACAGGAGCGCGCGGCCAGCGCCAAAGGCGCGGCGGGAGCGACGGGCGCCAAAAAGGGCGAGGCGCGUUGCUCGUCGGAGGACGACGACUCCAAGGAGUCCACGUGCAGCCCCACGCCCGACAGCACCGCGUCGCUGCCGCCGCCACCGCCGGCACCCAGCCUGGCCAGCCCGCGCCUGAGCCCCAGUCCUCUGCCCGCCGCGCUGGGCUCCGGGCCCGGACCCCAGCCACUCAAGGGCGCGCUGUGGGCAGGAGUGGCGGGCGGUGGGGGUGGCGGGCCCGGCGCGGGCGCAGCGGAGCUGCUCAAGGCCUGGCAGCCGGCAGAGCCCGGGCCCGGUCCCUUCUCGGGAGUUCUGUCCUCCUUUCACCGGAAGCCCGGCCCCGCCCUGAAGACAAACCUCUUCUAG